AUGGAGGUUAUUAAAACUCUAUUUCUUAUUGCUUUCCUCAGCUCCCUUAAAUGUGAGCCUCUUCAAACAAGUUUACUACACGCAGCCAGGCAGCAUAUUAACCGCCAGGAUCACUUGGAGGAAACCCUAAGAGACGCUGCCAUCAUUUUGGUUGCUCAGUUUCUUCAGGAUGCAGCUUAUGUCAAGGUCCAAACCAUAGCUGAAGAGUUGCUGGAUCGAGCUGAGAAGUGUAAGAGUCUCAGACCACACGAGUCACCUGCAGAGUGCGCUCACCAGUUUAUGGGUACCUUCCUCACCCAUAUGUGCAACGACCAAGGGCUGAUGGGCAAUCAAGUGCUCAGUGACUGCUGUAAGAUGGAAAUUACAGCAAGACUCCAGUGCUUCCUGUCCUCCCAGAAAGACGACACAGACAGCAUCGAUGUACCCCUGAUUCCAAGGCCUGAGCUGACCUGUGAGACAGAUGAGGGGACUCACAUGCCACUGAAGACAAGGUCCAGCUAUGAAAUUUCUCGAAGGUAUCCAUUCUUAUACGGACCCACUAUCUUGACCAUGUCUGCUUGCUAUGAAACAGUUGUUUGGUCAUGUUGUCAAGAAGAAAAUAAAACCGAGUGCCUGCAGACAAAGCUAGAACCUAUCAGAAGAUAUAUUAGAGAAAUAUCUGUGAGACGUCGUCAUUUAUGUGAAAUCAGGAUUAAAUUCGAUGACAAAAUAGCAAGAGCCGUAGAAUUGAUUCUGCUCACUAAAAAGCAACCUAAAGCUAACUUUUCUGAAAUUGCCAAACUGACCACAGAUAUUAAAAAUCUGCAUGAGAUCUGUUGUGAAGGAAAACAGUGGAGUGUGCACUGGGCAGCCUUACCAAGUAUUAUUUUAUUACCCAUUUUGCAGACUAGGAAGUUGAGGUACAAAGAGCACCAGCUUAUGAACUACACCUGCUCUCACCAGGCCAUCUUGUCCAGCAAGUUUGCCCAGUGUUGUGAACAGCCAGAACCAUUCCGUGGGGAAUGCAUUGUCAACUUAGAAAACGAUGACAAGCCCAACCUGACAUCCCUGGCACUCAGAAAGUUUACCGAAGACCAGUCUGCCUGCAAACAAUUUAGUGAUAAGCAGGAUGACUUUCUACAAGAGUUUCUUUAUGAAUAUUCAAGAAGACACCUGGAGUUGGCAGUUCCAGUGAUUUUAAGAAUACUUGCAACAUAUAAACAGUUACUGGAGGAAUGCUGCAAGUUAGGAAAGCCUUUGGAAUGCCACCGCUGUGGGAAAGAGAUGUUUCAAAGAGUGGUCCGUGAAAGUCGUGACCUUGUGAAAACUUACUGUGACUUACACAGGACAUUAGGAGGCAGUAACUUCCAGGACAGGCUUACCAUCCUUUAUACUAAGAAAACCCCACAGCUGUCUCUGCAGGAGUUGGUGGCAUCCUCAAGGAAGAUGGCAGCAGCUGCCAGGAGAUGCUGCCCACUAAGCGACGAGCUGCAGUCUGCCUGCGUGGAGGAUGCGGCCAAGCUGAUCCUUGGAGCUCUGUGCCGACGACAUGACGCCAAGCAUGUCAACGCUGGAGUGGGCCGCUGCUGCGACGACUCCUACUAUGCCUUCAGAAAGCCCUGCUUUGAUGACCUGCACGUUGACGGAACUUACAUUCCUCCACCUUUGUCUUGUGACCAAAUCAUCAGCCUUAAAGAGGACUUGUGCCGAGUACAGGAGGACGAGCUCCAAACUGAAAAGCAAAAGCUCCUCAGUAACCUCGUGAAGCAGAGGCCACAAGCGGCAGAGGAUGCAUUCCAGGCCGUUGGCGCGGAGUUCACGGAGCUGGUGGCGAUGUGCUGCCACGCAGAAGAGCAGGAACCAUGCUUUCAGGAAGAGGUAUCUCGUCUCUUGAGUAAACAACAGAAGAUGCUGAGUGUUGCUGCAAGGGAAACCCUUUCCCUCUGCUCGAGGACUAGAUGUGUAGGAGUGACUGACCAUGCUAUGCCUGGGCUCUGGGUGUCUUACCAGUUAUGUAUGUUUAGAAGACUGAGACAAAAAUAG